GAGAAUUUCGACUUGCCGGUAAAGUUUAUUUUCUUAAAUUAACUUGGUCACUAUUCUCUGAUCACAGAAGUGAUGGCUUCAAUUCGCAAUUGCUUUAUUCUUCUAUCGUUGAAUUUACUCUACCUAAACCAUAUACAGUCUUUAUCAUGUUCAAAAAAACUCGAUGCUAAACAAUCAAUUGAAAACUGUGAUCAAAGUUUGAACAUUACUAAGUUGAGGUUUCUACAAAGAACCAAUCCAUUUGAUUUAUUAAACCCGAAAUUGCAAAAGACGUCGAAACCCGAAUCCAUAAAUAAAUCGAAAAAUGAUACACAAUCAUGUAAUUCGGGCCUCAGUGGAUCUUCUUGUCGUGAUGAACGUAAAGUUAAAUCAAGUCGAGUUUAUUCUGAUAUUGUUGCUGAUGAUAAAUCUAAUGGCAAGUGUGGUGGUGUUUUGAAUUCACCAAACGGAAUUGUGACCUCGCCGAAUUAUCCUAAUCCAUUCAAUGUUCCUGGUGAAUGUCUUUGGAAGAUUAGAACAUCAGAUGGAUCUCGUUUGGUUGUUAAUCUAAUUGAUUUGGAAUUAGAUUCUUCUCUUAAUUGUACUCAAAAUGUGUUAAUCAUUUACGAUGGACCAACUGAUCAAGACUCUCAACUAUUAGUUGCUUGUAAUCAGAAACAACUUGAUAAUAAUUUGAUUACUUCAAGAGGCAACGAGUUGACAAUCAAGUUAAUCACAAAUGAAUCAACAAGUUAUGUCAAAGGUUUUAAAUUUUCUUAUCAAAUUGAUUGUAAUAAUUUCAUUGAGGGCAUCAGUGGAUCAAUAAAGAGUCCAAUCAACCAGAGCUCAAAGAGUCUUAAUUGCUCUUGGACAAUUAAAGUACCAAAAGGAAACAAUAUAAGUUUGGUUAUUGAAAAUUUUAAAUCAGUUGAUUCAUCAUGUUCAUCAAGUUACUUAUCAUUUAUUGGUAAUCAAUCAACCAAAACCUUCUGUCAAUCAGUUGAUUACACAGAUUUCGAUCAAAUUUUAAUCACUGAAAAUCAAGUACAGGUUAACUUUGUUAAUCUUAAUCCUGAUAAUCAAUCAUAUUUCCGAUUAGAGUGGAAACUAGUUGGAUGUGGAGGUGACAUUCAUGAAAGUGAAGGUGAAUUGGUUUCUCCAAGUUAUCCUGAUUCUUAUCCAAACGGACUCAAUUGUCUGUGGACUAUUCAUGGUAAACCAAGUCAUAAGGUCGAAAUCUACAUUUACGAAUAUCAUAUUGAGAGAAAUGACUCUUUGCAGAUAUUUGAUGGACCGAAUACAAGAUCACCUCGAAUUUUAAAUUUUUUCGAUCGUCUCUAUGAACCAAACAAAAUCGUAACAACCAAAAAUCAAGUAACAAUAUUUUUUGAAGUUGAUGAGCAUUUCAAUGGAAAAGGAUUUAGAUUAUCAUACAAAAUAAAAAGAAGUUACCGAUGUGACAAUGACCACCAUUCAAUCAAAGGUUCAAUUUCUUCGCCAAGUUACCCGAAUCGUUUUGUUAAAGAGAAUUCAUGUAAAUGGUCGAUUGACACAAUAAAAAGUUACCCUGUGAUCACAAUCGAAGAUCUGGACAUUCCCUGGUCACUCAACUGUACUGAUCAUUAUUUGAAGUUCAUAACUCCUCAGAAAACGGAACUUGCUCGAUUUUGUGGUAAUUCAUUCCCUAAUUAUCCAAUCAUGUACAAUUCAAGCUACACAAUUUUAAUUGAUUACUAUUCGAAGAGUCAACAUAACGGACGAGGAUUCAAGUUCAAUUACGGAAUAAACUGUGAUUUGACCCGUUACAUAUUCAACUUUGAUCAUGAAUUCGAAAACUUAUAUUACCCAGCAAAUGUUGUUGGCUCUUCAUGUAGUUAUCAUUUUGUAUCUGACGAUCCAUCGGCUCAAACGCGAAUACAAUUUGUUGAUUUUUCCAUCAAUUCAAAUUCUGGAAGUUACCUUGAGAUACAAGAACAAACAUCGAAUGAUUCAUUACAGGUAAUUCGAUACAAUAACUCUUCUCUUCCGUUGCCUCGGACUUAUGGAGCACCGUUUCAUAUCCAUACUAAAGGUCAAGUUAUGUUCAAUUUCAAAUACGAUAAAGAUUUAAACAAAUGUUCAUAUGAACUGAAUAGUUGGGAAGGCACAUUAAAUUCACCAGGAUAUCCGAAUGAUUAUCCUCCUUCUCGAACUUGUGUUUGGAAAAUUAAUCUUGCUCCAGGUAAUUUUAUUUCUUUGAAGUUUCAUUCAUUUGAUAUUCAAUAUGAUCAAUUCUGUGCUUUGGAUCAUUUGGAGAUUCGAGAAGAAAAUGAAUCAGGUAAACUCAUUGGCCGAUUUUGUGGAUCAAAUUUACCUCAAUUAAACUCGACUCAAUAUUAUCCAAGUCUAUGGAUUAGAUUUAAAUCUCAUGCUAAUGGUUCAGCUUCUGGAUUCAAAGCUUCAUACAAAACAAUCAAAGAUGUGAAAAUUAGCUCGGAUUCUGGUAAAAUUGGAUCAUUUGCUUAUCCAAGAUUAUUUUCAUCGGAAAACAAUCAAAGUUGGACAAUUAAGACCAGUGACUUGAAUAAGAUUAAGUUUAAAUUGGAAUCAAUUGAUAUUCUCGAUGAUUCGUUUGACAGCUCAUGUACUAAUUCAAGUGUCACAAUUUAUGAUGGUCCAUCAGAGAACAGCUCGAUUCUCGGUCAGUUUUGUGGUUAUCGUGCUGAUGACAAUCCAAUUUACACAACUUCUUCAGUUGCUUAUGUCCAUUUCAAGCCAAACUUUCAAAUUUCUAGGUUCUUGUUGAGCUGGACAUCGUUCCAAAGUGACAUUGCACCUCCACUUAUUGCUGAUUUUAAUCACCCAUGUAAAUACACUGCGAGUCUUAAAAUGAACCAAAAUACAACGUUACUCUCAAGUUUUUAUCCAGAUGGUGUCAAUUGUAGUUGGACCAUUUCGAGUCCUAUUGGAACUCAAUUACAAGUCGAAAUCAAUGAGAUGGAUAUUAAGUCCCCGUCACAUGAAAAAUGUACUAAUAAGAACGGAGUCUCUUUUUAUGAUUAUUGUUUCGACCAUCAAAAAGUUAUGAAAAUCAAUAGAAUAGUCUGCGAUUCAAAAGAAAAACUAUUCACUCUCCAGGGCAAUCAAUCGUUGAUCACAUUCUUCAACUAUAGCGGCUCAUCAACCGAACUAAAAGGGUUCAACAUAACAGUGAGACCGAUUUGUGGUGGUACAUUUUAUGGACCAACAGGUAAUAUCGAUUCGUCUUUACUUGGACCAUUCGAAACUUGUUCAUGGAAAAUCGUUGUACCAAAAGGUCAACGAGUUGAAAUUAAAUUCAAAUCUUUUAACUUGGGUUCGUAUGACGACCAUUGUUCUAAUGGUUAUUUAAGUAUUCGCAAUGGUGACUCACCUAACUCUCGAUUCAUUGGACACUAUUGUGGGUCUAACUUACCUAAGAAAAUAAUAUCAGCUUCGAAUCAACUUUUCAUAUCAACUUAUGUUCCUGCAUCAGAACAAUUUGAAUUUUCUUUGUCUUAUCGACAAGUCUCAACUCCAUGUGAACUUUACGUCGAACUAAACCAAUCAAGUCCAUCGGCUAUACUUCAGCUCCCUGGAUACCCUCACCCUCCUGUCGAAUAUUCUGAGUGUUAUUGGGUCAUUAAAGCACCAAUCAACAGAGUUAUUAGAAUUGAUUUCGAAAUACCAGAUCACGAUGUUGGAUGCAAUUUGAAUACGACUCAUAUUGAUAUUCACGAUGGUUAUACUCAAGUUGCUCCUAAACUUGGUCGAUUCUGUCCAAUAGCUCGAACAACAAGUGUCAUUUCAUCAGAUAAUCGGAUGUUCAUUCACUUUCUUUCUAAAGGAGGGGCUGGUUCAAGUUCGUUCAAGGCAACAGUUAAUCUUCAUAUUUGUGGUGGUAGUUUUGUUGUUCAUGAGAUAAGCGUAAUCCAAAGUUUAUCUUAUCCUAAGCCAUAUGAUUCUAACCUAACAUGUAAUUAUUAUAUUUACUCAGCAAAAAUGUCGGAAAUGUUGACUUAUCAAUUUGAAACAUUCGAUUUACCUUCAAAUGAGAACUGUAGCUCAGGUGAUUACUUAGCAAUUCAUGAAUUUGACUCAUCGGGUAAACUUCUCAGUAAAGUAUGUGGUACACAAGAAUCUGAGGGAGAUAUCAUGAGACCUAAUGUCAAUCAACUAUUCAUGGUCUUCAAAUCAGAUUCCGUGAUCGCUGGUAAAGGUUUCUGGGUUUGGUUCGAUUAUACUGUGGAUGCGGAUUGUGAUGUAUUUUGGUCAGAAGACUCAGGAGUUAUUAGCUCUCCUCGAUUCCCUGGCAUCUAUCCAGGUCCUAGAAAUUGCACAUUUGCUUUCAUCGGUCAACCUGAUAAAAGAAUCACUCUCAACUUUACAAAUUACAAUCUAAAAUCAGCUGAUAACUUAUGCCUUGAUAAAAUACUAAUCGAUUACAAUCCUGAUAUAUUGAUAAAAUCCAAGUCAUUUUUCAGCUUGGCAAUGACACCAAACAAUUUUACACUUCCUUGUGAAUCAAAGCCCACUAAUUAUGUAAUUGAAUCUCCAAACAACGUACUUGUAGUUUACUUUGAAACUCAUUCUGGUCUAGAUUCUGGUCAAGGUUUUAGAGCUGAAUACAGUAAAGAUAGACCAACAGAAUGUGGUGGAAUAAUUAACUCCGAUUCAACUUCGAUCAUUUCGAAAACUUUUCCCAGCCAUUGA